CAGUCUAUUUCCUGACAAGUGGCUUCUAUUAGGUCUUCUGUGUACACUGUGCUGGGAGCUGGGGAUAUGAAGUGUAAGGGGCAGUGCCCACCCCAUUCAGUCCUAGGUCUCCCCUCUUUUUUCCCUGUUUCUGAUUCUCUCCACUUGUUCCGGGCAAGACGUACCGCUGAUUUCCUCUUGGGGCCUGCUGUCUGCACAGUGCAGACCACUGUGGUCUUGUUCCUACUCUGGCAGCAGAGUGCCCCGUUUUCCCUCUCAAAGGCAACUCUUUCCCCUGUGCAGCUUGAUUGAAGGGAUCUUCAUGGAGGCUCCUCUCCACACACAAGUUUUGUUGGAGACCACUGCCUCCGUCUCUACUCUGUUUGGACAUUUUUACGUCGACAUCAGGACUGGCCCCAAGAGUGGACUUCUGCUGCAGCAGCCUCUGGACUUCAGCAUGACUGCUGCUCAGCUGCUGGCCUAUGUGGCAAUCUCAGUUUCCUGGGUGGAAGCCGGCUCCCUGGACACCUUUGUUGCAGCUGUUUAUGAGCAUGUAGUGAUACUGCCUAAUGACACCCUCCUACCCGUGUCCCGUGAAGAGGCGUUGGUGUUAAUGAACAGAAAUCUGGAUCUCUUGGAGAGAGCCAUCGCAUCAGCAGCAAAACAGGGUGCACAUAUUAUUGUGACUCCAGAAGAUGGUCUUUAUGGCUGGAACUUCAACAGGGAAACUAUCUACCCAUACCUGGAAGAUAUCCCAGACCCUCAAGUCAACUGGAUCCCUUGUAAUCAUCCCAACAGAUUUGGCCACACCCCAGUGCAAAACAGACUCAGCUGCCUGGCCAAGGAAAACUCUAUCUACGUUGUGGCAAAUAUUGGCGACAAGAAGCCAUGCAAUGCCAGUGACCCCCAGUGUCCCCUUGAUGGCCGUUACCAAUACAACACUGAUGUGGUAUUUGACUCUCAAGGAAAAUUGGUGGCACGCUAUCAUAAGCAAAACCUUUUCUUGGGUGAAGGUCAGUUCAAUGUACCCAAGGAGCCUGAGGCUGUGACCUUCGACACCACGUUCGGAAGGUUUGGCAUUUUCACGUGCUUUGAUAUACUCUUCCACGAUCCUGCUGUGACCCUGGUGAAGGACUUCCAUGUGGACACCGUCCUGUUUCCCACAGCUUGGAUGAAUGUGUUGCCACAUUUGUCAGCUAUUGAAUUUCACUCAGCUUGGGCUAUGGGCAUGAAGGUCAAUUUCCUUGCAUCAAAUAUACAUCAUCCCGCAAAGAAAAUGACAGGAAGUGGCAUCUAUGCACCUGAUUCUCCAAGAGCAUUUCAUUAUGAUAUGAAGACCAAGGAGGGAAAACUCCUUCUCUCACAACUGGAUUCCCACCCAAACCACCCAGUCGUGGUGAACUGGACGUCUUAUGCCAGUGGUAUAGAAGCACUCUCCACAGGAAACAAGGAAUUUAAGAGCAUUGUCUUUUUUGAUGAAUUCACCUUCUUGGAGCUCAAAGGAGACACAGGAAAUUACACAGUUUGUCAGAAAGAUCUCUGUUGUCAUCUAAGCUACAAGAUGUCUGAGAAGGAAGCCGAUGAAGUGUAUGCCCUAGGGGCAUUUGAUGGACUGCACACUGUAGAAGGGAGCUACCAUUUACAGAUCUGCACCCUGUUGAAGUGUAAAACAACCAACUUGCACACUUGUGGUCACUCGGUCGAAACUGCUUCCACCAGGUUUGACAUGUUCUCCCUCAGUGGUACGUUUGGAACCCAGUAUGUCUUUCCUGAGGUGUUGCUGAGUGGAAUUCAGCUGGCACCUGGAGAAUUUCAGGUGUCAAGUGAUGGACGCUUGUUUAGCUUGAAGCCACCAUCUGGACCUGUCCUGACAGUCACUCUGUUUGGGAGGGUGUAUGAGAAGGACCACCCAUCCAGUGCUUCGUCACACCUCACGGCAGAAACACUAAUAGUAAUGCUAUAGUUGUAACAUCUGUGGUAUGCUCAUGAAGUUGGUUGCAUUUUUAUAUUUUCUUUUUUCUUUUGAAUAAUUUUUUUUUUAUCCUCAUCCAAGGACAUUUUUGCAUUUAUCUUCAGAUAGAGUGGGAGGGAGAGAAGGAGGAAGAGAGAGAGAGAGAGAAACAUGGACUGGUUGCCAGCCACAGGACCCCAACAUGGGUAGGGGAUAAACUGCAUCUCAGGUAUGUGCCCUGAGCUGAAACCAAACCCGGUCUCUCUGGUCCGAAGGCCGACACUCUAACUGCUGAGCCAAACUGGC